AUGUCAGUCAACAAAACGCCGAGCGGGACACCAGACCAUCAUCGCCACGCGACUCCCAAGCCCACUGUGGCAGAGCGGCCGCAUGGGCAUAAGGAGGCGACCCCACAGGUGAUACCUAUGACCAAUGUUAUGCCAGGGGACAGGCCCUGCGUCAAGUGGGACCAAUUCCAGUCCGCAGUGAGUGUGAUAAGAACUGUUAUAGAGGGGACCGUGGAAUCCGGCGCAACAACUCCCAUACUACCAGAAGACGGCAGCACAAUGCAGGCCUUUCUGCUGCGCAUCGAGCGCCGGUACACCCAGAUGGGAUUGGAACCGCGCGAGUGGGGAAAUGCACUUAUAGACCACCUUGUGGGCCCGGCUCUAACGUAUUGGAUGUAUCUAUGGAGAACUAUCGACCUAAGCGACUGGGCGACAGUACAGCGCAGGCUUCUAAAGCGGUUUGACAAAACAAUGUCGCAGAUUCAAUUGUUAACGGAGUUGGCUAAAGUACGGUGGAAUGGUAACACGAAGGAAUACACGGACCGGUUUGAGGCUGUAGCGGAGCGUGGGUUGGGUCUUGCCCCCGACGAACUCGCGGACUAUUACUCCACCGGGCUACCGACAGACCUCCACCUUCUAAUAACCAAUAACGGACAAGUGAAAUAUCAGUCGUGGGAACAAGCGGCGACCGCCUCAUCACGACUCUACGAGCCCAAGCAGAGUGUGCUGGAACUCCGAGAAAGGACCAGUCGAGCCAUUAGGGCUGCCGAGUCUGGGUCACCGUCGAUCCUGAGUGAAGAGACUCCGGACGCGACGACGGAUAGCAGCAGGAAGUCUGCAGAGGCAACAGAAGACGGCUAUAGGUCAGACGCGACAGAGAUUGUGCCACACUGGUGGAGGGAGACUUGCACGAAAGAGUCUUACGACCAAGGGGGAGCGUUGUGUUGUGCGGGUGAGACGGCGGUACUUCGCGUUGAGCUCGCAGGGAGUCCUUAUAAGGCCCUCUUGGACACUGGGGCUUCGAGAAGUUUCAUUAGUCCUAAAAUAGUCGAACGACUGCAGCUGCAAAUGCGGAGACUUCCAAAAGAACAUAGGUUCACCAUAGCUACAGGUGCACAAGUACGCAUUGAUCGAGUAGUGACGGGAUUGACGCUGUGGUGCGGACAUACUCGUUUUUCCGGGGACUUUUUAGUAGGACCUGUUCCCUACGACUUAGUUUUGGGUUUGGAUUGGCUGACGGAACACAAGGUGGCCUGGUAUUUUCAGUCUGACAAACUCCGAACCUAUGUGAAUGGCCAGUGGUGCGAGUUACCGGUCGUUCGGACUGGCGAAGCAACGCUGCAACGUGAUCGUCCAACCGUAGUCCACCCGAGGACCCCAGCAGAGCAAGCAUAUGAGAUAUUGGCCAAAAAAGUGGCGGGUAUGUCAGCCGAGGAGGCAGCUAUAUUCCUACGCCCGCCUCCAAGGAGGUAUAAGUCCCACGCGAAGACUAAGGCGAAGGCGCGGAUAACGUCGCUCGUUCAUCAGCCGGCGGCUGACACAAAUGAUCUCCGGACUCCAUUGCACGGUUUGCAUCUCAUACUGGCUUUGCCCAAAGCCGGUUCGGUAGUGCCCCUACGGCUCUCGGAUGAAUGGCAAGGCGCACUUUGUUGCGCGUUAAUUGGGAAUCAACCCACGUCUUCCGGCUGGCGUAGUCCUUUGGCCUCAACCGCCUCGGUGGUAGCGGAGAGUGACUAG